UCUUGGGCGGGAAAAUUUAAGGAUAGAUCCGCAGACCGGGACAUUGGGGAGCUCUCAAGUGAUAAGUGCAAACUGAAAGUGUGAAUGUGUACUUACAAAAGUGAUACCUUCAACAAUAAGCGAAAAGUGAAUAACAAAAAGUUGAAAAACUUGUUCUGCUGUGUUCAUGUGCUGCCAUAUGCUGCUAGGGAUCUCGUACUGCUUUUAGCAAGUAUAUAAUUUGAAGUUAAUGGAUAAAUCUACGCUCAGCGGAAUAACUAAACGUCGAAAGCAGCUUAUUUUGUGAUUGGGAAUUAUUAGCACGAUUGAACGAGAGUUGCCGUUUUAAAUUAUGCUAGCCGUAAAUAUUUCCUACCAUUAGGUACCAAGCUCCACUAUAUGACUCUGUUGGUGAUCCUCGGUCGCAAAAUAGCCGAACCCAGCUGCACCUAACGUUGCUAUGAAAAACCACCAAAUUGAUACCCCCAGGUGAAGAAUCUGUAACAGUGGUAAAAAGGAAUCGUGAAUGGGUAAUGGCAAUCCAAAAUUGAAAGUGUAAAAUUGAAGAAGAAUAAGUGAAAUAAAUUACAUUCGGCUCUAGCGGAGAAGGAAAGUGGAAUCCACCAGCUGGAAGAAGGAAUCACAAGUGGAUAGAGGAAAAUGAUUGGGGCAAAGCUGUUUCCGCUUCUGAUUUAUGUAUCGUCCUUGCUGGCCGUGUCUGUCGUUGGCGUUACGAAUGUUGAAAAUUUUAUCGUGUUUAAUAGUGCUUGUUACUACGAGAGCGAUUACGUGAGUGAUAAUUUGAGCUUGAGAGAUCUGGUAACAUCCAACGAUGUGAUAGUGAAGGCAUUUGCCGGAGAUGGCAAUUACCUUCGCCCCGAGUUGGUGGCUUCCGGAGGUAGGGCAAAUAAAGAAGAAUCCGGUAGCCGGGGCGGAAGUGACGGUGGAAAAGCGAAAACCAACAGUGGCGAUGAAAUUAAGCGAAGCGAUCGAAGUGCAAACAGCACACAACGGGAAGGACGGCACGGAAAUGAAGAAAAUGGAAAUGCAAGUUCCAUUAGUGAGGAGGACUUUAUCGUGCGCCUUGAGCCAUCCAUGGUCUACAAGGGCAAUGAAAUCUUUAAGAAACUGAAACUGAUCAACUGGAAGCAUUUUGUGGUCAUUAAAAGCAUAACCAUCAGCAGUAGAAAGAGUUUCCCAUCGUCAUCUCCGCCUGCAUCCGGGAAAACCAAACUAUUUCAUCAGAGCAAGGCUCCUAGCAUAGCAAGCAAUUCUGAUGCCAAGAACAAUAAGUAUACCAACGGUAGUUAUAGAUCCAAGUGCAAUAGGAGCAAACUUAUAACUAGCAGCAUAAAUAAUGGCGUGGAGACAUCCGAUGCGAACCGUACCUACAACAAGACGACACAAGACAAUAAUGUUAGCAGUAAGAACACUAGCAAUAAUAAUAGUAACCAACACCGCAGCAAUGACGAUAUUGCGGAAGAUGUCGUCGUCCAGGAGCGCCUUACGGUGGCAAACGUGCUCGGUGAAAUAUUACCGACCGAGUUAAUCAUCUUCGGAAGAUUAGAUAGUAGAAACAAUCUGCAAGCUGAUCUUCUUAGUGGCUUGCUGCUGUGGAGCAAGGAGCUUGAAUCGUCGAUAUGGCACGAAAUGGGAUGGAGUGAGUGGAGCGAAUACACCCCAUGUAGUGUGUCCUGUGGUAAAGGGGUACAGCAGCGUUUUCGGCAUUGUUUAAACAGACCAGCACCAGAAGCAUUCAACACACCUAGGACUAGCACCAGCAAAAGGAUGUCAUCUACGCAAGCUACACCAUCCCGUCACAAGCCGUAUGUAAAUAUUGAGCAUCCCACGAUGGAUGAUAUGAUGAAUAAUGAAAAUGUAAAUCCCUCGUCACCAUUUACGACACCGCUCACGACAUCGACGUUAACUCGUGCAGAGGGAAUGGAGGGUGAAAGCGUGCCAGUUGAGCCAACGGUGGCAUUUGUCGACGAUUACCAAGAACCGGAAAACAACGGCGACGGUAGCAGAGCAGAACAUCAGCAAACGAACGAAGACACUUCAACGUCAACGACAGAUCUUCAUGCUGCAAUUGAGAGGCGUUUUAAUGAAAGUACUAAUGCAAAUAGUGGCGAAAGGAGCAUUCUGAAGCAGCAUCUAGCCUCGAGCAGACGGUUUCGAGGAAUCUUUCUACGACGGGAAAAUCAGCACAAUGGCAGCAUACCAGGCACUCCCAUAUUCUUCGGUGUACCACCCACGGUAGGCAAGUCGACAAAAAAUGCCAAUGGCAAAGAGCAUGCCACCACAACCACGGAUCCCGCCUGUGAGGGUUAUAACAUCGAACAAAGAAACUGCAACAUGUUUGAAUGCACAGGUUCGAUUGAUCUGCUAUCAGGAAGCUUCACUCACCAAUCUGCAAUUGGAGAGAUCUGGGAAAAUCGAAUCAACUAUCAAAUAAAUCAAAUUGAGGCAAACUUCACAUUGAUGAUGAAUCUACGAUCAAAGAAGCAGCAUCCCAUACGAAUGGGUCCUAACGAGCAACACACAAACAAUAUUCUGUCGUUGCGUUCACAAUUGGCCAGUAGCUCAAGUUUGUCGAUAAAUUUCGUUAACGAUGGGCAUGGAGGAUUGAAAGUAAUUCAGGAAAAGUUCGGCCUUUCGGAGAUGCUGCCAGUUGAGCGGAAUUUAUUGGAUGGCAAAUGGCACUCGGUUGCCCUAAGUGGAAGGAACGGAGGAUACAUAAACGUGUACAUCGAUUGCUUAUGGGUGAACUCGUUCGUCCUCUCGAUAGGAGCCAUCGAACUGCCGCAGUAUCCGGUGAUUGAAGCUGGACGUGAUAUCGACCUUCGACAGUUAACUUUGGUACCCGGUGGCAGAGAGCGGCUACAGUGCGCAACCGACACCAUUCCCAUCACCGACACCGAGAAUCGUCAAGUGACAGAUUUUUUCGAAGGAAUACAUUAGCAUCAAUUUAACGUACAAUAAUGGAAGCAAAUUCAAAAGUACCGUCGGCCUUCAAUAUUUCAUUGUUUCACAUCUGCUGUAUGUUUGAAAUGACAGUGAACUGGUUCGAAAUCUCCUGAU